AUAAACAAUACAAAGAUGUUGUGCUAGUUCCUUUCUAGAGCACAUGAUCCAAUACAGUUACUAUAGAAACCGUUUUACAAACAUUUAUCGAUAUAUUAUCAAUUGAUGUUGUUUGCUGUUUAUCGUUUAAUUUAAUAAAAAAACAAACUAAAUAUACGAUUUCUCGUUCGGCAAUUGAAAUUUUUUGUGAGGCCAUCACAGUGUAAAAUUGUCUUACCAUUUUAAAAGCCGAACCCUGAACUGAAACAAACGAAUCCAGAAUGAAUGAGUGAAAAGAAAUCUACCGAUUUGUUUAAUUUGCGAGCAAUACUUUUCGACUGCUUUUGCGCUCGUUUCACAGCAAACUGUCAAUAGUCCAGUAAAAUAUCCUUAUCGGUUAAAUUGGUUGUAAUGACAGGAAAAUCGUUACCAUGACUUCAUUUAACAUUUCUUGCACCGGAUUCAAUGGUUUUGGACAGUUGAAAAACCUACCAAAAGUCAUUACAUCGCUGGAAGAAUUAAAACUUGAAUCGCUGUCAUCGAUAGAAUCACAGAAAAUUCUUCUAAAAUGUUCAUGGAACUAUUGUGCAUAUGCAAAUGACAAUGAUUUAUACGUUUGUGGUUGUUUUAAUGGAAAUGGAUUACAGGAACGUCGAUUCCCCUUUGAAUAUUCGAUCAAAGAUAUUGCGUGUACUGAACACUAUUGUAUCGUUCUUCUAACUAUUGGCAUCGCAUAUAAAAUAAAUUGCCAAACAUUUGAAUUGAAUGAAAUAAAUUCAACCAUUAUACCACGUUCAACAUUAGAUGAUCGAUUAAAGCCAAGCAGAAUAUUUGGCGUUUUUAGCGCACAACGGGAAAAUGAGCUGAAUGAAAGCAAAGACGAAUUUAUUACCCACGUUGCAGCCGGACGAUCGCUUUCCGUUGUUAUCACCAAUAAAAAUAAUGUUUAUAAUUUGCCAUUAAAAGUAUACACAUUUCCGUCGCAUGUUAAAAUUAAAAAAAUCUGCUGCGGAAAUGAGCAUUGUUUAAUUUUAACGACUAAUGGUGAUUUAUAUGCAUUUGGCAGCUCGUCACGCGGCCAACUUGGUUUGGGCACACUUGACACAGAGGAGCAACCAAUUUUGAUUGAGGACUUGGCGGGUAUAAAAAUAAUUGAUGUAGCAGCCGGUGGAUGGCAUAGUGCGGCAAUAUCAGCAUUUAAUGAUUGUUAUGUAUGGGGAUGGAAUGUAAAUGGUCAAAUCGGAUUACCUUUGUACGAAACAUUUGAAAUUGUGGAAAAAAAUGGCGAAAAACGAACGGAACGUCAAAAAUGUUCGACCGUUUUUGCUGCGCCAGUCAUUGUUAAUUUGCCCAAGCCCAAUGUCGAUGAGGCCGACGAUGACGAUGAAAAUAUAUUUUUACAAAAUCAAUAUCAUCCAGUAGCAGUGAGUGCAGGUACACGGCAUACCGUACUUAAAAUCGAUGAUGGUUCAAUUAUGGCCACCGGAUGGAAUAAGUAUGGACAACUGGCAAGCGACCAACUCGAUAAAGACAUCGAUCAUUUUCAAAAAAUUGACAAAAAGAUUUCAGACGAUGGUCAAAUUAUAUGCGGUGAUUGGUGUACAUUUAUCGUUUCAAGAAAUAAAUGAAUAACAAUAUAA